UUUAUUUUUUAUUUUUGUUGGGAAAGUAAACUUUGUAAAACCCUAAAUCUCUCCAACCAGAGGAGACAGCUCUCUCGCCGACAAUUACGAUUCUGCUCUGCUCGUCAACGUUCUGUGGAUAUUGUGGUAUUGAGAAAGAUGAGCUUCUUAUCUCAGAAUGCUCCGGAAAGUAAGAGUAAUAAAAGAGAGGAGGUGAAGAAACAGUACAGAGAUGUAGAAGAUGGGGAAGAGACUGGGUCCGAUGAUGACACUAGGGGAAAGAGAAGAAAGACGGAGAAGGAGACAGAGAAGGAGAAGGAGAAGCUACAAGAAUCUGAACUGGUUCAAAUGAAAAAUCUUGAGAAUUCGUUAUUCGGGUCACUCUACUCCCCUCUUACUUUUGGUAAGGAAGAAGAAGAAGAUGGUUCUGCUUUGUUUCAUGUAGACCGUUCUGCUGUGAGUCAGACUCUGGAUCACGAGGAUGAUGAUGAUGAUGAACAGCUUUCUGAUGAAGAGAGUGGUCAAGUUGUGGGAAUUAGAAAGGGAGAAGCUGCUUGGGAGGAUGAAGAAGAGAAACAGAUCAACAUUAAUAUAGCUAGUGUCAACCGUUUGAGGAAGCUAAGGAAAGAGGAGAAUGAGGGUUUGAUCUCUGGGUCUGAGUAUAUUGCAAGGCUGAGGGCUCAUCAUGCUAANUGUUGGGAAAGUAAACUUUGUAAAACCCUAAAUCUCUCCAACCAGAGGAGACAGCUCUCUCGCCGACAAUUACGAUUCUGCUCUGCUCGUCAACGUUGUAAGUUGUUUCAUUCCUUCUUCUUCGUUGUAAUCAAACUUGUUCACGAAUUAGGUCACAAAGUAGUAGCUUUUGUAGUAUUACUUGCUGAAAUUAGGGCUUAA